AUACUGCUAUUUGUUUUGAAAAAAAAAAUCGAAAAGGAAAAAUCAGACUGUAAAAACAGGAAGGACAUUUAAAGGAUUUGAAAGUUUUACUCAAAAUUGAUAUUAAAUUGUCCUCGCAUCGCAAUUAAACCGAAUUGACGACAAGAAAUCGUUCGAAGUAUUUUUACUUUAUCAUAUGGAGAGACUCUCUGAAAAAUGGGAAUAAAAUUACGAAAAAUGCGAUUGUCGCUUGCAUUCAUCACGAUAUUUCUCAUAUUUGGAGUUUGCAUCAAUGCAGAAAAGACAGACAUUGAAUUAGAUGCAAAAGCAACAAAAUUACAUCAGAUUGAUUCAUUGAAUCUUUUGGUUUACACAGUCCUGAUUGCGUUAACAGUACUUACAACUUGGCUUUUUAAACAUCAUCGAGUUGCUUGGUUACACGAGACAGGACUUGCUGUCAUUUAUGGUUUGAUUGUUGGAGCGAUUAUCCGAUAUGCGGGCACGACAACUCCUGUGGUUCAUUUAAAAGUUAUUCCUGAAACGGAAGCUCCCAAAUAUAAUUUGAGUAUUCCUCCUGAUACGCUUUGGUUCGAUUUUCCGGGAAGAACACAAGCACAAGUUGUCAAUAAUGAAGGACCAAAGCAAAAUAAAACGUAUGCGUAUACGUUCAGAAGUCAAGUUGUUGGCAUUGAAGAGAAUGAAAUUGAUUUCAAGGCAACAUUUGAUCCCGAAAUCUUCUUCAAUAUAAUUUUGCCGCCCAUUAUAUUUCAUGCGGGAUACAGUUUGAAACGAAAAUACUUUUUUCGCAAUUUGGGAGCAAUUUUUACAUAUGCCAUCGUUGGAACAACAUUAUCAGCUUUCCUUAUCGGAGGCUUAAUGUACGGAGUUGUUCAAAUAAUGCCUGAACGUUUAAGUAGCAGCUUUACUUUUUUGGAUACCUUAUAUUUUGGAGCUUUAAUUUCGCCAACAGAUCCGCUUACGAUCCUUGCAAUCUUUAGCGAUAUGCAUGUCGAUGUUAACUUAUAUGCAUUAGUAUUCGGCGAAAGUGUAUUAAAUGACGCAGUAGCUAUUGUCUUAUCAGGAUCAAUACAAAAUUAUGGCGAACAUUAUUCAACAACGGGCGAUUUUGAGUCACAUGCUUUCAUAAAAGCACUCGGCGAUUUCUUUGGCGUGUUUUUCUUUUCACUUAUUAUUGGAGCAACGAUGGGAUGUUGCACAGCUCUCAUGACAAAAUUCACAAAAGUCAAGGAUUUCCCGUUACUUGAAUCAGCAUUAUUUGUUUUGAUGUCAUACAGUACUUUCUUAAUUGCAGAAGCUGCUGAACUAACGGGCGUUGUUGCUGUAUUAUUUUGCGGAAUUUGUCAAGCUCAUUACACUUACAACAAUUUGUCGCCCGAUUCAAGAGCACGAACAAAACAAAUUUUCGAGUUGCUUAAUUUCCUCGCGGAAAAUUUCAUCUUUUCCUACAUUGGAGUGUCGAUGUUUACUUUUCCGAAACAUCAUUUUGACAUGUUGUUUACCGUUUCUGGAUUUUUAUGCGCAUUAAUUGGUCGGGCUGUUAACAUCUAUCCGCUUUCAUGGCUUCUUAAUUUAGGAAGAAAGCCUGCAAUUCCGUUUAAUUAUCAACAUAUGCUCUUUUUCGCGGGACUCAGAGGAGCAAUGUCAUUCGCAUUGGCAAUCAGAAAUACCGUAUCGGAUGCACGACAAACAAUGUUAACAACAACUUCACUCAUAGUCAUCAUUACAGUAAUUGUUCAAGGAGGAGCUUCGUCGUAUUUAUUGAAUCUACUGAAGAUACCACACGGAGUAGAUGAAGAACAAGAACAAUUGAACAAUUAUCAAGGAGUUCGAAGCGUAUACAACACGAUGGAAAAUACAAAUGGGGAUCCUCAAAGUGCAGAAGCAGGAGUAACAACACCCGGAGGAACGCCUCACAACAACGAAAAAGCAGUUUUAGCUCGUGUUUGGGGUAGUUUUGAUUCAAAGUAUAUGAAACCCUUUUUAACACACUCGAGACCUACUUUAUUGGAUACUCUUCCCGUAUUUCUUACUCCAAUUGGGAGACUUCUAACAACCACAGAACAGCUAAAUCAAGAUCCAUCAGUUCGUCGAACAGGGGAUUCUGACUCGGAUCUUUGUAUAAAUGAGUCAAUGUCACGCAGUGAAAGCGGAAAUGUAAGGAGAAAUUCAGUUGGAAGACAUUACAUAGAAGAUCCCGAUAAUCCUUUCGCUUGACGCUUUUUAGGUUGAUUUAUUUACUAUAUUUUAUAUCCUAUUAUUUUUAGUUUACUUCAAUUCAAAGUAAAGCAAGUACUUACCCAAAUUUUGUUAAAAGGAAAAAAGAAAAAUGUUUCGAGCAUUGAAAUUAAAUUGAUUGACAUUUUAUGUUCUAAUUAGAGUAUUAUUUAAUAUAUAUAUAUUUUGUUAUACAAAGAUUAUUUAUGUGUGAUAUAAUUUUGCUGUGUUAAUUAUUGGUAACUUUCAAUAGAAAAAUAUAAGUUAGAAAAAUAUACUUUAACGAAAUGUAAAAAAAAAGUUUUUUUAAAUACUGAAGUUGAUCUUUCAAAAAGAUAGUCAUGAUAUUUCAACUCAUUCAAAAAAUAUAUAUAUUGCCUUGAUUGAAAAUUCUGUAAAAAUGUUAACCAUAAAAAAAGGAAGAAAAUUAAACAGGAAGUCAGUUAGUUACAAUUGCCAAAAAUAAAAAUGUGAAUUGAAUCCUCUAUGAAGACAAAAAAAAAAUAAUAAAAAAUAUAUUAUUAGUUGAAAAAAAUUAAGUAGAUGAAUUAAUAAAUAUGUAUGCUUUUACGUUGGAGAAUGGCUGUGAUUCAUCAAAUGUUUGAGUAAAAUAUAACAACAUAUUGAAAUGUAAGCUUCAACGUUCUACAAACUA